AAGCAAAACGCUGUCGAGCUACGUCGUUUUAUUGGUUCACGUAAAGUCUGUUUGUUUUGUUCCGAACCAGUUGGGCCCGCUUUAAUUAAUCUACUUAGCUCACAUCAAGCCCACUUUCCGGAAAGCCCAAAACUACACAGCCUUUCCCGUUCGUCUGCUGUCUUUGUUUUCCGAUUGAACUUCUCUUUCCCGAUUCUUCUCUUCAUCUCCUCCACUGUUCAAUAUCUACUCUUCCUUUCCUUUGUUCCUAUUAAUCGCAGGAAAGAAAUACAAAGCAAGCGGUGAAGAUGAAGGGUUUUGGCAGAGAGUAUUUGGCGAAGAGCAUAAGGGCCGGCCAUGUCAACCAUAACUCAGCGGGGAAGCAGCUUGAAGUCCAAAGAAGAGCGCUGGCUGCAGGCUGGCACUCUGCCAAAGGGCGAGUACGAGGUUUUCUUGAGCUUCAGAGACCCAGAUGUUCGACAGACGUUUGCAGAUUGUCUAUACAGCUGGCUGGUUCGUUCAGGGAUCCGAACCUUCAGAGACGAAGAAGAGCUCCACAAGGGGGAGAUGAUUGCCCCUUCCCUCGCUAAAGCUAUCACUGAAUCCAAGAUCCACAUCCCCAUCUUGACAAAGGACUAUGCUUCCAGUAAAUGGUGCCUUCAGGAGCUGGCUAAAAUGGUGGAGUGUCGGAAGCUAGGUAAAGGGUACAUUAUCCUCCCAAUUUUCUACUUUCUGGACCCUAGAGAUGUGAGGCAUCCGUUGCAGAACGGUGCUUACAGGGAAGCAUUUGAGCAGCACAAUUUGAAACAUGACCCAGAAGCCGUAAGGAAGUGGGAAGAAGCUCUCCAGGAGGUCGGGAAGAUGAAAGGAUGGCAUGUAACCCGUUCAGACGGGCAGGGAGCUGUAAUCGAUCGAGUCGUCUCUGAAGUUGAAUUGCAUUUGAGGAGUCAUUACACAAUAGUAACUGAUAUGUUGGUAGGAAUUGAUUCUCACGUAGAGAGAGUGAAAGAAUUGUUGAAUAUAGGGGCCACAGGUGGGAAAAUUGUUGGCAUCCAUGGUAUGGGAGGCAUUGGGAAAACCACCAUAGCUAAGGCCAUCUAUAACAAGGUCUGCACUAAUUUUGAUCGCUGUUGCUUUCUGGAGAACGUACGAGGAACAUUGUCAAAAGAUGGAGGGGUUGUAUCUCUACAAAAUAUGGUCAUCAGCGGCAUCCUAAGGAGUGCUCGUCAAGUCACAAAUGCCAGCGAGGGAAUCCAUGUCAUAAGAGAGAGAGUUUCUAAGUACAAGGUGCUCAUUGUUCUUGACGACCUAGAUGAAAACUUUGAGCUUGACCAAGUUUUGGGGAAUUUAGGUAGUUUUCCUAUAGAGAGUAGGUUCAUUAUUACGACAAGAGAUCUUAGAGUUUUGGACUUGUUUGAAGAGUACAGCAUAUAUGAACCUGGAGAGAUGAGUUCUGAUCAUUCCCUUCAACUUUUCAACAGACAUGCCUUCGGGAUAGAUCAUGAGCCUGCAGAAGAGCAAGCACCUCUAUCCAAGGAAUUUGUGAAACUUGCAGCAGGGCUCCCUUUAGCUAUUAAGGUCAUUGGGUCUCUUUUGUAUCGUAGAGAUGAAGUGUUUUGGAAAGCCAAGUUGAUAGAACUAGUAGAAGUAGGUCCAACCAAGGUGCAUGAGAUAUUAAAGAUAAGUUAUAAUGAGUUGACCCACCAUGAGAAACAAAUAUUUCUUGAUAUUGCUUGUUAUUUUGUUGGUGAGGAUAAAGAAUUGCCCAUCUACAUGUGGGGUGGUUGCAAAUUCCAUCCAGAAACUGCAAUCAGUACUCUGAUCUUUAGAGCCUUGUUGAAAGUUGACGAGAAAAACAGGUUCUGUAUGCAUGAUCAUAUUAGAGAUCUUGGUAGAGCCAUUGUGAAUGAAGAGGAUGUUGAACGUCCAGGCAAUCGUAGUAGACCAAUACUAUGCAGCGAAGAUGUGUUGAGUAUGCUAAAAAAUGGAGAGGUAACUGAUCGGGUAGAAAUUCUUAGAAUUGACAUGACUGGUAAAGAUCAUUAUGAGCUGACGAACAAAGAAGUCAAGAAAUUAUCAAGGUUAAGAUAUCUUCAGGUAAGAGGUGGACGAUUGGUUGGAGAUUUCAGUGGAAGUCUUCCAAAUAUGCGCUGGCUUCGACUGCAUAUGUGUCGUUCAGUCCCGACUAAUCUCAACCUGAAGGAACUGAUAAUCCUUCAUCUGUAUAAUUGUGGUAGUGUAGCAGAUGAUUGGAGAGUGUGGGACAAGAUUAAGCUGGCUCACAGGCUGAAAGUUGUAAAUGUAUCAUCAUGCUAUGGAAUGAAAAGAGCUCCUGACCUAUCCCCAUGUGCAAGUAUGGAGCUGAUAAAGCUUUCCUUUUGUCCUUCAAUGAGUGGCGAACUGCACAUUGGCAACCUGAAGAAUCUAAAAUUGCUGGAGGUAAACUCUACCAGAAUAACAGGCUUAACAGGCGACAUUGUAAUGCUUCAAAGUUUGCGAGAACUAUAUUUAAACAGCUAUGGUUUAAGACAAGUCCCCACCGGAAUGGUCAAAUUGACGUCUCUGGAAAAGCUGCAACUGUCCUUAGCAAGUGUGACGGAAUCACCACCACUACUCCCGACAAGCUUAAAGGCGCUAUGCCUUUCAUCAUGCCCUAGUAAGCUUCCCAAUCUUUUGGAGCUCAAGGAACUGGAGCACCUAAGCUUGAGCGCCUUUUCCCGUGAAAUCAUUCCUGGAGAGAUAUGUAAGCUAUCCAAGUUGAAGACUUUGAGCCUUUCCAACUCCGAGGCAGAGCCUUUUGGUUCUGUUGUUGUGCUCCCUUCGUCACUAAACUCGCUUCGUGUUGGUUUCUGUGGGUCGCUGGAGAGGCUGCCGAAUCUUGGCAAUCUGAACAAUCUGAUGGAGCUGAGUCUUCUGGAUGUUGGGGUUUAUGAGAUUAGAGGACUUGGAGAGCUCAGAAUGUUGGAAACUAUGAGUAUACGAAAGGCCCCGAAUCUGAGUAAUCUUGAUGGCCUUCAAAGUCUGCUGCUUCUCAAGAAACUGAAAAUCUAUGGAUGUCCUGCACUAGAGAAACUACCCAGUGUUGCGAAUCUGUCCAAGUUACACAGAUUAUAUAUCCGUAGCUGUCAGCUCAUCUCCGAAAUGCAAGGCCUGGCUCCACUUCGACAGAAUUUAACAUCUCUGGAAAUAGACGGUUGUCCAAGAUUAGAUAUCUGUGAUUCCAUUCAGUCUCUGGAAUCACUUCAAAGACUGAACUUGACAUGCUGUCGUUGGUCAGUAGAGACACUAUUACCUCACUUGUCCAAGUUGCGCAAACUGAGCAGCUUAACCAUUGGGGAAGACACACAGGUACGAGUUCUAGACCUCUCUUGUCUUGAUGUUCAUUCUAAUUUGAAACAGAUCAUGCUUUACAAGUUCACAGAGAUGACCGAGGUUCGGGGACUCGAGGGUUUAGCCUCGUCUUUAGAAUCGCUAGGUGCUGGAAUCAUUGGUGGACCUGAGAGUUGGUGGAUGCCCACGGCUGACCCAACUUGAUGGGGUCGAGAUGCUGGAAUCAUUGCAAAGGCUUGUUGUAUCAGAUUGCAAUUCGGUUAGUACUCUGCCGGAUCUAUCGAGGCUCAACAAUCUGAGCUUCUUCAACAUUAGUGAAUGCACCCAUUUGGUUGAUGUACCAGGGCUCGAGAAGCUGGAGUCGUUGCAAGAGCUAACGAUGACAUGCUGCACAUCGAUAAAGAAGUUGCCGGAUCUAUCAAAUCUCAAGAAGCUGAAAUUGGGGUGUACAAACUUCCCAGAUGUUACAGGAUUCAAGGGACGAGAGUGGUCAUCAGAGCUGACAUCGGUACUUCUAGAGCUUGAAACUCGGCUCCGAGAAUCAGAGAGAAAAGGAGAAGCAAAGAAAAGGAAAUGGCUGGCUAGACACUGGAAACUACUAAUACGGUACAUUCGGAAGGGGGCUCUAACGAAGUAACUUCGACGUGAAGGUUCACUUUUAGUCGAACUGAAGUCGAGAACUGGCUUGUGUUCAGAUCAACAGCUUCACCAACUUGCUCCAUGUAACUAAAUUCGUCGCAAACAGAAAUGUAACGAAAUGGUCAUUUCAUAAGUUAGGGCAAAACAUGAGUUAAUGAUGUUAUGUUAAAUACCUGACACAAGGAACUGUUAGUGACCUCUAAACAUAUGUGAACCAUUUAUGCAUUUCUAUACUACUACAUGGGACUUCGCCCCUUCAUCAAUAGUUCAUAUAUAAAAACUAGGAACAAAAAAAAAUUGGACAAAACUGGAUACAUGCAAUUGAAUAGAAGGACAAAGAACUGAACUGGCCAUGAAUCAAUUACAAUUUGGCCAUUGUGGUCUAAUAAUGAAUUUACAAAUACAUAGAAGGGCAAACCCAACAAGAAUUGGCACAAAUGACUGUACAAUUCAACCCAAGUACCCAAAAAAAUCCCCAUAGUACA